AUGAACGUUGAUGAUGAACAAACAUCAAAGUAUCACCAACAAAAGUACAAGUUGCAGGAAAGCCCAGAAGAAAAGACAAGUACAAAGAAAAAGCUUCUAAGACAGAAGGAAUUAAGUUUAAAAGCGCAAAACGAAUCUAAAAAACAAGAACAAAGCUGGAACGAAGGGUUAUCUACAGAAAAUGAGAGAUUAGAAAAUCGAUUCGGAUAA